AUGCCGAUUGAGGCGCUUCCUCAGAACACAAUCCAGGCGAUUGGCUCCACUUCAGUCAUCUCCGAUCCAUGCUCAGUGGUGAAAGAACUCAUUGACAAUGCACUGGAUGCGUCCGCCACCUCCUUGCAGAUAGAUAUAUCUCAAAAUACCAUCGAUGUGAUCCAGCUAAAAGACAACGGGCAUGGUAUCCCACCAGAGGACCAACAGUAUGUCUGCAAGCGUUCCUUCACAAGCAAGAUCCAGACUUUGGACGAUCUCAAAAAUGUUGGUGGAUCUUGUCUAGGCUUUCGGGGAGAAGCCUUGGCGAGUGUCGCAGAGAUGUCAGGAGUGAUCGCUGUUUCCACUCGAGUUCAGUCGGAAGCUGUUGGCUCUUGUCACAAGUAUGGAAGAAAUGGGGAGUUAAUUAUAACACAAAGAACGUCUCAUCCACGGGGUACGACAGUUCGAAUUGAGAACUUCCUCAAACAUAUCCCUGUGCGGAAGCAAACGGCUUUGAAGGCAGCCACCAGAAACUUGACAAGAAUCAAGAAGCUUCUUCAGGCAUAUGCCAUAGCACAGCCAUCAAAGAAGUUCUCGCUCAAAGUUCUCAAGGCAAAAAAUGAAAACAGUAACUGGACAUAUGCACCAGGCACAUCUGCCUCCCUCCAGGAUGCAGCCCUAAAAGUUGCUGGAACGGAAGUGUCGUCUUGUUGUGUUCUGAAAUUGCUUUCUUCCCAAGCCCUCGCCCAGAUUGAAGGUUCACCUGAUCAAGCAGAUUAUAAAGUGACUGCUUUUCUCCCGAAAACACCCAUUGAUACAUCAAAAAUCAACAAUGUAGGGCAGUAUAUCAGCGUUGAUGGUCGUCCUCUUUCCAGCAGCAGAGGAAUUGGACAAGACAUUGUGAAGCUGUUCAAGCCAUACAUCCGUCUCGCCACGUCUCAAGCCGAAUCUUUCAAAACGGCGACGGACCCUUUCCUGUGCUUGCAAAUACUUUGUCCAAGAGGAAGCUACGAUGUUAAUAUUGAACCCGCGAAAGACGAUCUGCUAUUUGAGAACCGGGGACUUGUUUUGUCUUUGGCAGAAAGUCUCUUUCGAGACCAUUACGGAGACAUUGCAGAAACCGAAAAGAAACCUUCCACCAAAGGAAACACGACUUCAUCCGAUGCAACUGCUAGUAAUGGUGGAUUUAACCUCCUGAUGGCUAGGAAGCCCCCUGCAGAACCAAGCACUCAGUCUCACCAGGCUGAAGAUCCUUUUGGUGAUGCUAUCAUCCGCCCUCCUCUUUUGCAGAGACCAUCUCGACCGGAAAACAUAAUAUCCCCUCACGAUAACAAAGCCAGCUCUAAUGGAAGCCCUGGGCAACCUAAUGCGAAUAGGCCAAAACGCUCCAGCUUUGUCAACCCAUGGUCUAUAUCUAGAAUCAACACGUCCUUCCAAACAUCACAACGUGAUCAGAAUCAACUCAGUCAGAGGAGUUCUGUGGACUUGAUUGUUCGAAGCCCAGAAGGCUCCAGGCGAAGAAGUCCCGAGCUUAGCAGCCCCCAAGACUCACCCGAAAGUCAAGACCUUCCGAGCCCUCCUAUCUCAAGGAUUGCGUCUGGGUCCCCCGUCCGGCGACGUCAUAGAAAUCCACAGGAACCGAUUGAUUCCUCUCCUGAAAGGCCUCGCGUAUCAAGUGCUCGCAGAGCAGACAGGGAACGAGAUCGAGAACGCUACGGCAAUGGCGCGCUGGAUACGUGGUUUCAGAGGACAACGCAAGUUUCACUCCAACGGAGUGCAGCGGAGGACGAAUCUAUCCGAGAAACGGAGUUACCCCUGUCCUCACUUGCGCAGGAGAGAUUUGGAUUGCACGCGGGGUCCUCACCGAACAAUCUACCCAUUGAAGGACAGAACGAUGGAACGCUUGACGAGUUAUCCGAGAAUGGCCAAACACAACAAUCUUUUCGACGUGCUUCUUCUCUGCCACACGAUUUGAACGGUAUCAAUGAGUCUUUGGACAGUGGUCGAGGAUUUCCAGUCCUUGACAGAUGGGCCGCCCGGCUUCACGACGGUGUUACAGUCGAGGAAACCUCGGACUUGGAGAAAGCGCUUGACUUUGAAAGGAGAAAGAAGCGAGCCAUACAAGAUAGUCGUAUUCGUUUCAGGGAAAACGAGUCCUUGUCAAGUUCACAACCCAGACGCCCGAUUUCUCAUUCUCCACAUCAUAGCCGAUACCUCGCCGCAAAGGCCGCUUUAACCUCAUCGCAAACUUCAAAUACGGACCCAUUCUUCACUACUACCCUUUCUCCUCAUGACCCGCGAGCAUAUUUUAUGCGCAAUCAAACCAGCAACCAAUCGGACGAGGCUUCAACGACUGGGACGGAACCCCGGAAGCUGCCUUCUAGUCGACUUCCCCUUGAACGUAUACCAGAUGGCUAUGAUUUGCAUGAUCUCGGGACUACGUGCUUGAUUGAUUUAUCACUAAUAUCGCACAUAAAUGGGCAGCAUACGCAGAAUGAACCAUAUAUUGAGAAGGACAACGAAGCAACGGCGUUCUCUAGUGCUAACGUGGAAGCAUGCACGCCGCUCUGGGAUGAGCGUUUAUCGCUACUCAUGCAGCAAAAGUUUAAGAAUGAUGAUCAAACAUCUUUACCCACAGGGAAAAUUGAUCUUUCCGAAAUUAUCUCCAAACAUCUGAUGGAAAUCGAUGCCAGUUGA